CAAUAGCUGGUACGAUAUAGUCCAAUAAUCCUCCUCCUGGGUGGGGUCUAAUGAGGAUGUAGGGCCAAUCAGCGGCGGUGUUGCUUUUGCGGCUCCACGUCGGCACCAGCUGCGGGGCAAGAUGGAGGCGCUGAUUUUGCCCAUCCUCACCUCUACAUGGCACGCAGCCACAGGAUACUGAGAAGAAGGGAAGGGUGAUCUAGAGAGCAUCAAGAAGAAACAUCUGCUGAAACUUGAUCUGAUUAUGGGGAUUUCUAAAUACCGCAUUCUUUAUCCUAAAACAAGGACCGCAUCCCAAAUUCUCGGCUCCUUCAAAAAUCAGGGCAUCCAGAGUGCACAAGAGCAUGCACUAGAUGGAGGAGGAAACUAUGCAGAAUACAUCAGUGACCUAAAGGAACCCUCCCUGUAUACUGUCAAAGCCAUCCUGAUUCUGGACAAUGAUGGAGAUCGACUUUUUGCCAAGUACUAUGAUGACACCUACCCCAGUGUCAAGGAGCAAAAGGCCUUUGAGAAGAACAUUUUCAACAAGACCCACCGGACUGACAGUGAAAUCGCCCUCUUGGAAGGCCUGACAGUAGUAUACAAAAGCAGCAUCGAUCUCUAUUUCUAUGUGAUUGGCAGCUCCUACGAAAAUGAGCUGAUGCUCAUGGCUGUUCUGAAUUGCCUCUUUGACUCAUUGAGCCAGAUGCUGAGGAAAAAUGUAGAAAAGCGAGCUCUGCUGGAGAACAUGGAGGGGCUCUUUUUGGCUGUGGAUGAAAUCGUAGAUGGAGGAGUGAUCCUAGAGAGUGAUCCCCAGCAAGUGGUUCACCGGGUAGCAUUAAGGGGUGAAGAUGUCCCCCUUACGGAGCAAACCGUGUCUCAGGUGCUGCAGUCAGCCAAAGAGCAGAUCAAGUGGUCACUCCUUCGGUGAAGACUUCAUUCUUCCUGGCUCCUCACCCCCUCAGAAAAUCCACAUGUCUGCUGUGACUCCUCAUCCAGUCCCCCAACUGAUGCGCUCAGGGUCAUCUCGGGGAUCACAAGGCAUCCUUAAAUUUCCAUCCUGUCUGUGGUUGCUCCUCCAAGCCCUCAUUUAUCCCUUUAUGCUUCCUGUUUCUUCACACCUCUUUUUUUUUUUUUUUUUUUUUUUUUAAACAGCCUGGGAGUAAAGCUCCCAUUAGAUUCAAAUGCGGCUAGGGAAAGCACCCUCUUCCUUUCUACACUGAAUUGUGCUCUUAUACUCUCCUACACUCCCCAUAUUUUCUUCUCUACUUCUGUGCCCUUUGCUGCAGCUACACUUGACAUCAAAGCAGGAGAAAGAAUGUGCUGAGUGUUUUCCUCCCUUUGCCUUUACCAGGCCUUCAUCCCAACAGCCCAUAUGUUAGCAAGGGGAGGGAGAGAGAGAAUUUUUUUUCUAUAGAAUGAGUGGGGGUGACAUAUCCAGUCUUAGCCACAGCCCCACUCCCUGGCCUCAGCAUUUCGUCCCAUUCCUUCUUACUGCCCUGUCCUCCAGCCUCAGAGGAAAGAUGGGCAACAGCUUAUGGGCAGGGGACAGAGUGGGAGUUGUAGGGAUUUACAUUUUAUUGGAUAGGGCUUAUAAAAUUCUGUAUUUCAGUCAUAGCUGCAUUCUCGCUCUGAUCCUGGCUCAUAGCUUCAAAACCUCUGUGAGUCUGCGAAUGUUCAUUGUAGGAGUGUCGUCUCCUGGUCCACUACCUUGACUCCCCUUCACCUCCCAUGGGAUCUUUGCCUGGUUUGUCCUCGCUGUGCCCUGGAGCAAAGCCAGUCCCUGAACUAAAACUCCCAUUUUCAUCUUAGGAAGAAGAGUUUUUGCUCAGAACUGGGGGUGGGGUGGGAUUUAUGACUCGGGCCUCUGGGCUCUGUCCCCUCGCUCCCCCACAUGCAUUUCACUCCUCUGCCCUGGGUCUGCAGUCUCUGCCACUUAACCCCCUCUUCUCUCUGCCUCAGCCUUACAUCCGGCAGUAGGUCUGGGCUCUUUCCCUCCGUAGGUCGUAGGUCGUAGGUCGCUGAGAGAGGUGCUUUUCUUUCAGAAAACCUUUGGGGUUUGGAUUUCCCCAGGAAGAUGAGGAUGGAACACCCACUCUUGGGUCUAAUCUUUCCCCUCGACCCAAAACUUCCCACAAAAAUGUCUUUAAAAAACCUUCCUGACACUUAAUUCUGUCCCACCCCUAACUGCCAGUUCUCCAAGACUGAACUGGGGUGAAAUGCCUAUUUGAGGGGGCAUUUUUGUGUCUGACUCCUGUAUGGAGUCAGGAGAUAGCCACCCUCAUAAUACUGCUGUGUGCAAAGAGGAAUAAAACAGAUUUCUUUUUCCAAA